UAUAGACGAAUUUAUGCUGCAGAUAGUAAGAAAAAUGAAUCCAAACACUAUAUGUGCAGUCAACACUUGUCCAGGUAACUUGAAAAACUCUUCGGCAGCCCUAUUUUUUGCGUUGAUCAACACUAUCACUGCCGCGAAAUGUUCUUUCGCAUCACCCAGUGAUUACCCGGAAGACUACGGACCGUUUUUGAAAGAUGAAGAUGAGUUUGAUUUUAUUAUCGUCGGGUCAGGAUCGGGUGGGUCCAUCGUGGCAAACCAAUUGAGCCAAAAUCAGAAUUGGAGAGUUCUCGUUUUGGAAGCUGGAGGAAUUCCGUCUGCUAAUAGUGACAUUCCGGGUCUCCUCUUCAGUCUUCAAAGGUCAGAAGAAGACUGGAGAUACAAAACGCAACAGACCCAAGGUCCCAAAGGUUCCUGCUUGGGAGGUAACGACAAACAAUGCAACUGGCCAAGAGGAAAAACGUUGGGUGGAAGCAGUUCCAUAAACGCCAUGAUAUAUAUCAAAGCAAAUAAGAAAGAUUAUGACGAGUGGGCUGACAUGGGCAACCCUGGUUGGGAUUGGGAGAACGUCAAAGGCUAUUUCACGCAACUGGAAAACGUUCAACCGCCUGACGAUAAGAUUACACAUCUGGGUACCAAAGGGCUGCUGCCAAUUACGAAGACACGACACAAUAGUCCGCUUAGAAAAUCUAUGAACAAAGGAUUCCUUGAACUAGGAGUUCCAAUCCUUAGCGAACAAAAUCCCGAAAACCCCAUAGGAACAGUGGACGCCCCAAUCUGUGUCCACAAUGGUAUUAGAUCAAACACUGGCAGGGAAAUCUUGGGUGCUGUCAAAAACCGAAAAAAUUUAUUUACUAGUCUACAUUCCAUGGUGCAUAAACUGAUAAUAGAUCCGAAAACGAAAAUGACCAAAGGAGUAGAAGUAAAAGUAGGCAAUACAACUCUACGUUUACGAGCAAAGAAAGAAGUGAUACUUUCAGCAGGCACAGUUGGCUCAGCGCAAUUACUGAUGUUGUCAGGAGUUGGUCCCAAACAACACUUGACUGACUUAGGAAUAGAAACGAUUAAAGAUUUACCAGUUGGAAAGAAUCUACAAGAUCACUUGAUGUUUGUUGCAUACGAGCUUAAGCUAGACUUAAACGCUAUCGUACCUUUCGAUCCGAUUGAUGCCAUCUACGAAUAUUUUAAACACAAAACUGGACCUUUGAGCAACAUUGGCCUAACUAACUACUUGAGCUUUGUUAAUAUCCGCAACGAUUCUAUCUGGCCGAGCAUCUCUUACCACAACCUCAUCUUAAAUCCUAAUGAUGAGUCAUUUUUUUAUAUGCUUUUUAGAGCCCAUAAUAUUCCGGAUGAAGUAAUCAAAGAAAAAAUAAAAAUAUGUAAAGAUAGACCUUGUCUUGCUCACAUGCCAGUGUUAUUAUCUCCAAGGUCUAGAGGUGAGAUCAUUUUAAACAGUACCAGCGUGUAUGACCAUCCUCUUAUAAACACUGGCUACUUGACGGAUGAAGAUGAUGAAGAUCUGCAAGUAUUUCUGGAAGCAAUCAGAUUCUCAGAUGAGUUGUUCUUCAAGACUAAAGCUUUGAAGGUACAUAAUCCGGAACUAAUACGGCCUAUUGCACCCGCUUGCGACGCAUACAAGUAUCAAUCCGAUGACUACUGGAAAUGCGUUUUGAGGCACUAUGCCAUCACCAUCUACCAUCCUUCCAGUACGUGUACCAUGGGUCCUGACGAAAACACUGCCGUGGUAGACUCGAGGCUGCGAGUUCACGGCAUUACGAACUUAAGAGUGGUAGAUGCCAGUAUUAUGCCUCGUUUAGUUAGCGGGAAUACUCAUGCGCCCACUAUGAUGAUUGGACUAAAAGGUGCUGAUAUAAUAAAAGAAGACUGGUCGUAGUUGAACUGCCAUUUGUUGGACUUUUUUGAAAUGUAUAUAAUUUAUUAAUAUCGUUAGGUUCAUCAUUAUCAAUAGCUACUCCAUCCAUCGUCGGAUGAAAGCCCUCCUUACCUUUGUCCAUUGAUUUCUGUUCGUUGUUUUAGCAUGCAUUCGUGGCUAGCCAUUCCCUUGAUGUCAUCAGUUCAUGUUGUUUGUGGUCUACCUCUACUCAUCUUAUUUGCUCUUGGUCGCAAUUCAACGGUCGCUUCGUACAAUGGUUGUCUUUACAAUAAAUUACAACACAAAUUUUGACAGUUUUGUGGUUUCAAAGAAAUUAGAAUUUUUAAAUGUCAAAGUUCUAAAAAUUGUAGAAUAGAAAUGAAUUCCAGUGAGAAGAGUUACAGUUCUUUUAAUUGUCUAUCGUAGAUAAAAUAUUGUAUGAAACUGUGCGUGAAGUACUUUUUGCGAACUUACGCGAUGUAUAGCACUCGCUCAGUUGUCGCUCGUGCUCUGAACAUCGCGUGCGUUCGCAAAAAGCAUACUUCACGAACUGUUUCAUAAAUAACUAUUAAACAAUUUUUUUAGACAAAUUCACAAAAAUAAUUUUUUCACUUCGAACAAUAUUUUUUUUAGAUCAUUUGGGUCAUUCUAAGAAAAAAGAUUCUCUCGUGAUAUUUAUCUUAAAUUGGUUGUUGUCGAGUUAUACGCGAUUCAAAAUUUUAAAAACGCGCAAAUAGCCAUUUUCAAGGCUCAACAAUACGGUUAAAAAUUAUUAUUAUGAAAGUCAGGAAGUGACCAAAUCCAAGUUUAAAGUCCCCUCUAUAAAAAAUCCGGAACAAAUUUGUGUAUUACUAAGCGGUUAUUUUUAAUUAUUAAAAAUGAACGCUAAGCACGUAUUAGGCGGCCGUCAAUAAUGAGUACGAAAGAGAUGCACUAUUCCGACCCGUCCAAUGGUGAAUCUCACUCGGACUCACAUUGACGGCCGAGUCAAUACGCUCUUACUGCUUAUUGUUAACAAUUAAAAAUAACAGCUUAGUAAUAAAAUAAUUGCAAAAAUUUCUUUAGGAUCUUGUAGGGUGGUUUAAACUUUGAUGUGGUCACUUUCUAUCUUUCAUAAUAAUAAUUUUUAACCGAGUUAUUAAGCCUUGAAAAUGGCCAUUGUCGCAAUUUUUAAAUUUUAAAUCGCGUAUAACUCGACAACAAUCAAUUUAAGAGUAAAAUCUCAAGAGACCUUUUUUGCUCUGAAUGACCCGAAUUAGCUAAAAAAUUUGUCCGAAGUGAAAAAUUUUUUUUAUGAAUUAAAGACUUGUUGAAACAAUUUUUCGACCACGUAUCGGCUAGUACCCUGUCGAUUUGUUAUAAGAACAUCUUUUUGAGUAAGUUUGUGCAAAAAAAUCGAAUCGUAAUAAUUUACCUAACGGGGGCGACGAUACAGCGUGGACUAAUAAGUAGUUAAAACGUCAAAACAAAGAGACCCACACUCAUCAAAAAAGCACGUGAGAUUAUACUCAUAUAACCUACAUUUACUGAAUCGAUCCAGGAAUAGUCAACUCAAACUAGUAAAAGUUGAAUUAAAUUUUUCAAAUCAAUUUUUACUGCUCGUUUUAGUUGGAGUUGACUCUAACUAGAAAUAGUCAACUCUAACUGAGAAUCAACUUGAACUGUAACAUAUACAGGGUGUCCCAGACUAAUUUACCCACGUUAUAUCUCUUAAACGAAUAGAGAUUUUCGAAUGUGACAAAAAGUGAUAUAUUCUACUUGUAAUACACUUUAAUAUGGCGUACAAAAAAAUCAUCCCCUAAAUAUUCAUCCGUUAGUUACAACCCUUAACUUUAAUUUUUUUAAUAGCACCCUGCAUAUUUUUUUAUAGUUUUGGAUGUAGUCUUUUAUCGUCUAGUCAACACAUUUUUUGAAAAUAAAAUCGGUUUGUAAAUAACCAAGAAACUAUCAGUUUAUUUUUGUUAAUUUUGUGUCCCAGACUAAUUUAUCCAGGCUAUAUUUCUUAAACGGAUAGAGAUUUUCGAAUGGGACAAAAGCUGAUAUAUUCCAUUUGUAAUAAAUACACUUUCAUAUGGCGUAGAAAAAAUUCAUCCCCUAAAUAUUCAUCCCUAACUUACAGGGUGCUAUUUAAAAAAAAUAAAGUUAGGGGUUGUAACUAAGGGAUGAAUAUUUAGGGGAUAAUUUUUUUCUACGCCAUAUUAAAGUGUAUUACAAUGUAAUAGAUCAGUUUUUGUCCCAUUUGAAAAUCUCUAUUCGUUUAAGAAAUAUAGCCUGGAUAAAUUAUUAGUCUGAGACACAUAAUUAACAAAACUAAACUGAUAUUUUCUUGGUUAUUUACGAACCGAUUUUAUUUUCAAAAAAUGUGUUGAAUAGACGAUAGAAGACCACAUCCAAAACUACAAAAAAAUAUACAGGGUGCUAUUAAAAAAAUUAAAGUUAGGGGUUGUAACUAAGGGAUGAAUAUUUACAAGUAGAAUAGACCAUUUUUUGUCCCAUUCGAAAAUCUCUAUUCGAUUACGAGGUAUUGCGUGGCUAAUUUAGUCUGGGACACCCUGUAUAAAAGAUUCGUUGGUUAAAUAUCUAGUUUUUGCUAGAUUUAUUUUUAAUCGUAUUUAUAAUAGCAUUUUCUGCAAUUUUUCUAUGUCUUUUGGUAUUAGCGCAACAUCAUCGGAAAAUCUUAAAUGAUUCAGGUUUUCGCCGUCUAUCGUCACUCCUUUAUUUGUCCAUUCUAAACUUCGAAACAUAGCAUCUAAAGUUAAAGUAAAUAGUUAGAGUGAGAUCGAAUAUCCUUGUUUCACCCCUCACUAUAGUUUUAUCUUUUCUAUUGAAAAUAUAGGUGAAUAUUAGUUAGAAAUUUUAAACACUAUAAUCAACCAGUACUUAAUAACAGUUCACUUCAACGAUGUAGGUGAGCUUACAAUAAAUAUAUUAUGUGGGAUUACAAUAAAUACAUACAUUAUAAAUAAUCUAUAAAAUAUAUAUAAUCUACAAAAAUAUUGAAAUCAUAAUAAUCUCACAAAUCUCAUACAUGUAUAUUCAUUAAUUUCCAUUAGAACUUUCUAUUUGUAAAUAGUAAUUUAUAAACGGAUAUUUUUUUUUAAUAAAGAUUUUGUUUUAAUUGAUAUACAUAGUUUUAUUUUAUUCAUAAGCAGGAAUCAGCUUAGAGUCAUAACAGGCUUCCUUCUUGGGCAUGUAAAAGUCAGGAGACACCUGCAUAGAAUAAGAUUGUUUCAUGGAGACUUGAGCUGCGGAUUCUGUAGCAGAGAAUUUGAAACAAUCAACCAAUCUUGCAUGAUUGCGAGGUAUUAGAUCGCAGGCGGCAAACACGUUUUGGAAGCUAUAGACUAAGAGCCGCUAUAGGUGAAGUUUCUUAAUCAUUUUAGGCACGAUGGGACCCUAUAACUUAAAUAGUAGAACCUAAAAGAAAACGUUUGAACACUGUGCCGUCA